CCCAUCUAUAAAUUCCAUCCAUAAAUGUUGUCUCUUAAAAUCUUUCUUUAAUUCGGAACUCAUUAAAAAUUUAAUAGGAUUGCCUCCAAAUGUUUUCAUUUGCAAGUUUUGUCACAUUAGUAAACAUCUGUAGUGCGUUUCUGUAACUUUUCGUUAUGAUAUCGAAAGAAAUAUCACUUUUGCGUAACGAAAGGUUUAUAACGAACAAUUGUUUUGAAGUGUUUCUGUAACUCAGAAAAGUCAACUUUCGUUAUGGUUGUGCUGCUGCAUUAUUUGCCUUAUUGGAGGACCAACGGAAUAUGUUACGCGUUCAUCGGCGACAUCUGAGGGAUAUAACUGACUCAUUUCAUUUGCCGGAAGCUCGCUUUGAAGAGCUAUUCCGUUUUAAAAAAAGAUCCCGCAAUAGCCUUGUUACAAGAGCUAAGUCCUCAUAUGAAAAGUGGCGAAAAUCGUACGUUUGUCCCAAAAUCAUUAAGAAUGACUGCAGCACUUCAUUACUAUGAGACAGGAUCAUAUUUGAGAGACGUUGGCCAAGAUUUUGUGUGCUCAUUAAGCAAGACAGUUGUGUGUCGUGCAGAAAAAGAAGUCACAAACAUCAUUGAAGGAAAAUUAUUGUGUAAAUACAUUAAAUUUCCAACAUCUUUAGAGGAACAAAACACAAUAAAACAAACAUUUUUUUCAUCUACGGGUUUUCCUGGGAGCAUUGGUGCUAUUGAUUGCACCCAUGUUAAAAUUAAAAAGCCGGCCGCGGAUGUUGAAUGCUGCUACAUAAACAGAAAAGGCUACUUUUCCAAAAAUGUGCAACUUAUUUGUGACUACAACUUAAACAUAGUGUCUGGGAACGCGCGUUAUGGUGGUAGUACCCAUGAUGCUUUUAUUUGGGAGAACAGCCAAUGUAAACAAUUUUUGGAAAGGCAAAACGCCAGUGAAGUAGAUUCAAGUUGGGGGUCGGCUUUAGUAUACCAUCCCACGAUUUCAGGGUUAAAAGUGGUUAGGUUGGAUAGUGCUGAUGCUCCAGAUUAAGGAUAUAUAUAAUUAUUGCCGCCGCAAACUUAUAGUUUUCGAGAUAUUUGCAUUUGAAGUUGAAAAUUUUGCAAAUUUAAUUUUGCAAUUUCUCGACUUAUGGUUAGUUUUUCUUCCAUAUUAUGCAUUUUUUAUACACUUACAAUUCACUACAAUAUUUCUACAUAUUUAUUUUUUAUUAAUAUUUUAGAUGUUUGCUUAAAAUAAGCAUUUUAUAUUUUACAUAAAUAUUAUUACACGCACAAUAACAAUAAGUGUUCCGUGUUGUCAAAUAAUAAGUAUUGCCAUAUCUACACAUUUAUCAAACGAAUAAAAAAUAGGUUAAUACGCCAAAUACAUAAAUCAUUAUCCGUUUUCUUGCUAUAUCAUGAGUAAUAAUCAAAAAAGGAGUUUUACUCGAAAAAAACCCUGACACACCCUGGUGUUGGCACACCUCGGUGUUGGAUCGGCCAGGGUUAUUUUUUUGAAGCGCGGCCGAAGGCCGCCAACGCAAAAGGAAGUUUUACUCGAAAAAAAACCUGACACACCCCGGUAUUAGAUCGGCCAGGGUUAUUUUUCUGAAGCGCGGCCGAAGGCCGCCAACGCAAAAACUAGUUUCAAUCGUAAAAACCUGACACACCCAGGUGUUGGUCGCCUAGG